UGAUCAACCCCUAGCAAUGGAUUUAAAGAAUUUGGCUGACCUGGCAAAAAUCCCUGGAUCCGGGGUUAUAUUCAAGAAAAUGAGAAUACAUAUGGCUUUCAUGCUUCAUGCGAUAGAGAGCAUUGAUAAAAAAGUUUGCGAAAUGAUAGACCAAAGGUUGUUUAAAUAUCAUCGGGAUUUCGAUGGGAUGCUACUUCACUACCAAGAUGUAUCUGUGGACAAAGAUGGAGGAACUUUAUUUAUUGAUGAAUAUGGGGUUCCUCAUAUCAACGUUAAUCUUAAGGUUUAUAUAUUCCGGCCGGUGAGGGGUCUAACUGCCACUGCAACUGUCUACGAGACUACCAAAACUAUUUUAGAUUGUCGGUUGUUUGAUCAAAUAUGUUUAACUGUGAUACACCACCAGAAUGCGGAUACUAGUUUGGGGCAUGGCGACAUCAUAAGUGUUCAGCUCACAGAGGUGUUGCAUCUGUUCAGUCGAACCAAACUCUUCGGAUCUUUACAAUCAGUUGUUAGUCAGAGUGUUAAACCCGGUUUAGAGAACAGUAAAAUAACCUUUAAAGAAGACGAAGACGAAGAGGAUGAUAUCAAGGUCGAGGUGAAGACUGAAGAAGAGGAGGAGGAGAGGAUCUACAACGGGAACCUCCCGGGGAUGAUUGGCAUAAAUGAACUACCCAUUAAGCGAAAGCUUGAAUGGGAUGAAGAAUAUAUGGAACCUGAGGUUGAAAGCAAAAAGCAUAAAAAAUGUAAGAAAUCUGAUAGUGAACCUGCUGAUGAGUUUUCAACCCUGUCCUCCUCAAAGAAGAAAAAGAAGAAAGAUAAAAAAUCGAAAGAUAAAGAACCAAUAUCAAUAAAUAGUUGAUGAUCAUUUUUUUCAGAAAA